CCGCCCCGGGAGGACGCGGCGCGCGUGGCCCGCUUCGUGGCGCAUGUAUGCGACUGGGGCGCGCUGGCCACGAUCUCCACGCUGCCGGAGGUGCGAGGCCGUCCCUUCGUCGACGUCCUCUCGCUCAGCGACGGGCCACCGGGCAAGGGCAGCGGCGUGCCGUAUAUGUACCUGAGCCCGAUGCAGGUGCUGGUGAGCGACCUGCAGGAGAGCGCGUACGCCACGCUGACCUUAUCUCUGGCACAGACCGACUUCUGCAGGAAACAUGGAUUUGAUCCCCAGAGCCCUCUGUGUGCCCACAUAAUGCUGUCCGGAACUGUGACCAAGGUGGGCGAAGCAGAGACGGACUUCGCAAAGCAGUCGUUGUUCAUCCGGCACCCCGAGAUGAAAACCUGGCCUUCCAGUCACCAGUGGUUCAUUGCCAAGCUGAAUAUAACCAAUAUUUGGGUCCUGGACUACUUCGGUGGGCCGAAAAUCGUGACGCCCGCGGAGUACUACAACGUCACAGUGCAGUGAGGCGGAACAAGGCAAAUUGAACCGGGCAUGAGGAGCGCCCUCAGGUGGCUUGUACACACAGAGCUCUCGGGCAUACUAGCCUGUUCUCCGUCGCACACUGGCUGGCUUGCUAACUGAAUAGCUUUGGGCCCUUACGGAUUUCUUGGAAGACGUGGUUGCUAUGUUUUUGUUUGUUUGUUUGUUUUUGUUUUUUUGUAUUUUUAAAAAUGUAUUGGAAAGCCAUUUUCACAGAGCAAUAUCUUAUGAUCAAAGUUUUUCCCCAUUAACUCCAAAUAUUUGUCCAAUGGUGCUCCCAGAAGUGGAACACGUGCCGGAUUGAGACCACCCGCCGGAAGAGGGCCUGGAGAGUUGUCUUCAUUUCUGGAAGCCACGUGCUGGGGGGAGCACCUGACACCCAGCCUGGCUGAGGGGCGGCUGGCGCUGCAGCACCUGUGUCACCCCCGGCAGCCGGACCACGAGGAGGUGCCGCCAGCUCUUGCUCACGCCUGCUUGUUCCUGACUGUCCUGGGACUGUCGGCCAACACAGGGCAAAACUAUUUCUUAGAAAGAACUUAAAAAAAAAAGUUUACAUUCUAAAGUGAGACUUACCUAGAACCAAGGAAAUUCAUUAAACUUCUCCUGAAUUCGAUCUUCGUACCUACGUGGAGACUGCAUAAUUAGUCUCCUCCGUUCAAACAUGCUUACGCAUUUUUUUGGUCCCAAAAUGGGAUUACAAAAGAAAGAGAAGGAAGGAAAUGUGUGUUUCUAGAAUUGUGUUAAAAAGAGGGUCUGUUGGGUCGUCCCCCGCCUCAGCCUCCCAUCUUCAUCCAUGAGCUCACACCGCCCUGCGGGCUCCUUUUAGACAGGGUUAGACAGGACCUCCCUGCGCUGCCCAGACCAGCCCUGAGCUCGUCUCUUCCCGCCUCAGUCCCUGAGCUGCUGGAGUUGCAGGUGCACACCCCCGUGCCUGGAGCGUAUGCUGGGCCGGGAAUCCAACCCCGAUGCCCGCGUAGUCCUAACCUGUGGAGCACAGUAUCUUAGCGUGCAUGCCUGUGGCUGGGCCAUCUGCAAUUCUAUUUUAUUUUUCAUUUCCAAAGGGCAUGUGCACUCACCGGAGGAAGAGCGAGCUUGUCAAUGGGGGUGCGGUUAUGCCACCAUUCCUUUCCUUCCAUUUCUCCAUCUCACCAGGAUUUGGCAAGUGAACACACACACACACACACACACACCUUGUUUUUCAAGCUGCUAGGGCCAAGAUUUGAACUGCAGCUGGCCAUGUGGCCCCAGCUCCACAGCAGUGUUAACCAGGCGGGGCCAGCUCUAGCCAGGGCCGGGUCCCACCCCUCAGUCUCCCUUCACAGCUUGUCCAUGCCGCAGCUCUGAACGCUGACCCGAGGCUUCCUCCGCUGCUCCAGGUCUCCAGGUGACCCCUCACUGCGUCAGUACACCAUCAGUGGGCGAUGCUGAGGCGCUGCUGCGGGGGGAAGGUGCUGUCCUGGUUCAUCACCUGUAUUCAAGAUUUCAGAAGCCAAUACCGAUUUCUGUUAAAGAGAGUAUCUGGAAUCAAGCCAUUGAGGCCUUUAAGUGGCAAAAAGAGGUUAGAUAUGGGUCUUUAAUUUGAAAACUACAAAAUGAGCUUAGCUGAAAUCCAGCAAUCAGCUUCUAGUUAACAAAAACAGUUUGUAAGUAGAACUGACUUCUCAUUUUCAAAGCAUCAGUAAUUAAAAGCAUUAUUUUAAUAAAAUGUUGGAUUAAUUUUGAA